GGCUUUCAUCACCCUCCCUCACACUUCAAAUCCGGUGGGUCGCUGUGCCUUUUCACCCCUUCGCUCUGUCUUCAAAUGGAAAUCAUUUCUAUUGGCUCAAGGUGUCCAUGUAAAUAGGUGUAAAUGAAUCCAGAUUAUGCCUUUGCUUUCUCCUCCGAGCGAGUAGCCCCCCUCCUCCUCUCCACCCAAGGCGAUUGUCAUGUGAUAGCGAAGAAGUGGCACAUUAAUGAAGCGGCUCUACGGGGGUCUUUUCUCCUGUCAUCACAUUAAACUAUCACACGGUUCGGGGAAGGACAUGGAAAUAGCAGCUACUUAGCUCUGCUCAUCACAACAAGGGCCACAACAUAUCAGGAACCAUUCAGAGAGUCGUGGUGUGUGUGUGUGUGUGGGGGGGAAGGAGAAGCUUAUUGCUGCUUGCUUAACUAAAGAUAGCGCAUCAUAUAGGCCAUCUGAAGGGAGAGAACGAGACUGUUUUCAUAGGACGGCUGUUUUCAAGACCCACAGCCCAUAAGCGCUGAGUGAACAGUCCACGGAGGAAACAGACAGUGAGUUGCGUUGCUGAAUUUCAUGCAUCUUGGGGAACUUUCAGUAACUUUUAAGCGCGGGGAUAUUGCAGUUGUUUUUUUGUUUGUACUUUGCGUUAUAAAGACAAUCUAUGCGGCGAAUGUAUGGAGUUUUACGCGUUCGUAAUGUUGUUUUGAACAGUUGUUUUGAACAACCCGUCCUAGAGUGAUACUUCAAGGAGUGUAGGACAACGUUCCAUUUCUCCUGUUUGUCCGAGAAAAACUGGAAGAACUGUAGUCUGACGCGCCAUUCAGCAUAGUAUUUAGACAGAAAGUCCAACAGAAUGCCUCGUCCGGGGAGAAACACGUAUAGCGACCAGAAACCUCCCUAUUCCUACAUCUCCCUGACCGCCAUGGCUAUCCAGUCCUGCCCGGAGAAGAUGCUCCCGCUCAGCGAGAUCUACAAGUUCAUCAUGGACAGGUUCCCUUACUACCGAGAGAACACCCAGCGGUGGCAGAACUCCUUACGACACAACCUCUCUUUCAACGACUGUUUUAUUAAAAUCCCCAGGCGGCCGGACCAGCCGGGUAAAGGGAGUUUCUGGGCUCUCCAUCCCAGCUGCGGGGACAUGUUCGAGAACGGAAGUUUCUUGCGGCGUCGUAAACGCUUCAAGUUGAUGAUGAUGGCGUCCGAGCAUCUGGCGCAAAGCAAGCCGUCGGACGCUGCCCACUAUCUCCAACAACAAGCCAAACUCCGACUGAGCGCGCUGGCUGCUUCCGGCACACAUCUCCCGCAAAUGUCCGGUUACAACAUAGGAGUCUCUCACCAACCGUCAACUUUCAAACACCCGUUCGCCAUCGAGAACAUAAUCGCCAGAGAGUAUAAAAUGCCAGGCGGACUGGCCUUCUCCACCAUGCAGUCUAUGUCUGCUGGCUACCCGCUGCACAACCAGCUCACCACGGCCUGGCCUCAUAUGUACAGCUCCAGCGUCAUGGACACGGUAGCUCCCAUCUCCAUGGCCAGUGAUUAUUCGGCCUACGGAAUGCCCCUCAAGUCUAUUUGCUAUGGCGCGCAGAGUCUACCUGCCAUCCCCGUGCCAAUCAAGCCCACCCCUACUUCGAUGCCAGGGCUCUCGGCUCUGCCAACACAUAUUCCAGCUUUCUUAGCGAACUCUCCCCAGUCUCUCAGCCCCACGUCUCCUCAGACAGCUACCAGCCAAAGCAGCCCUGCCACGCCGAGCGAAACGCUCAUAAACCCGGCCUCUUCGGCCAUGCAGUCCGUGGUGUCGGUGCACUGACAUGACGUUAGCGGAUGGGACUUAUUUAAAAACUUCUGAAA